UUUUCACUUCGUAUACGCUUGUUCCUGUACCCACCAUGACUAUCACUGGGGAUUCAGAUCCGAAACUUAUCGUCGUAGCUGCCAUACUAGGGCCAAAUAGAGGAAUCGGCUUGAACAAUGAUCUGCCCUGGCCAAGCAUUCCUGCGGAUCUCGCCUGGUUACAACGCAUAACAACAAAACUUCCCUCAGAUGCUCAGCCCUCUCACAAAAUGAAUGCUGUGCUUCUUGGUAGAGUUACAUGGCAGUCAGUACCUGUGAAGGAAAUGCAUUUACCACAGCGACACAAUGUUGUAAUAUCAAGACAAAAAACGUUUCCUGUUCACAAUAAUGAUGGAUCGUCCUGCAUAUCGCUGGCCACUUCGUUUAAAGAAGCAUUGUCUGUAGUUGAACGAAACCAUCCUCGUGUAUUUGUAUUGGGAGGAUCAAUGAUUUAUCACGAAGCCAUCACGAUGGAAAAGUGCACACAUUUGCUUUUGACAGUCAUCCAUGCUGAAAUCCAAUGCGACUCCUUUUUCCCUGAAAUUGAUGAAGCCGUCUUCAGAAGAGCAGAACAUCAUGAACUCGAGGCAUUUGCAGAAGAAGAAGUGCCAAUGGGACGACAGGAGUGGCAAGGCUUAGAGUACGAGUUUGUGAUGUAUGUACGCCGAUAGCGUACCGUUCUAUUUCGGUUUUGAAUUUCUUUUAUACUACAUAUGUAAUUUGGCUAUUUUUAAACAUACUAAUGUACAAAGACUAUGCAGAAAUCUUUACUCAUCAUCGUCUUCAUCAUCGUCUUCAUCUUUUUCGAAGACUGCCUUGGGUUGUGUUUUUUGAUAUGCUGUAAGAUUGACGAAGGAGUUAGAAAUGAAGUAUAAAUCCAGUUAGACUUAUGAUUGCUUACCUUUGCCAACCCAAACUGGAUCGUCUUCUGAGACAGCAGCAUAUUUCAGGAGGGCCUCUCUUGGAUCUUCAUCUAGAAUGAAAGCCGUUAGUUUCAUUUCAGCCGGCCGCGUUAAGUUUUAUGACACUUACCUCUAGUGGUAUCUCUCGACAAGCUCUUAAUAACAUGCUGUUGCGUGUUGGUACCAACACGUCCACCUCUUCCAGGGCCAGACAUUGGCAUCU